GAGCUCCACGUGAAAAAUUAUAAAAAAAAACUGUAAUAAAAAUGAAAAAAGUUAAAAAUACUGAAUCGAAAGAAAAUGAUACUUCAUUGGAAAUCGUAAAGGUGGGAAAAGUUAAGAAGAACAAACCAAAAAAGGAAAAGAAACUUAAAGAUGCCGUAGGUAAAAUGGAAGAUAUUAAUUUGGCUCCAAAAAUAGAGAGCAACAACCUAAAGCCCACCAACGAUGGAGCUGAAAAAACCAAAAAGAAGAACAAGAAAAAUAAAAAUAAUCCAGCAGCUAAACCGGAACAAAAUCAAGAAUCCACAGAAGGACCUCAAAAGGUAACAGAUGAAAAACCGAAAAAGCAAAAGAAAUCCAACAACAAGAAAGUUCAACUAGAAAAAUCUGAACCAGAGACUCCAGCCAAGGAUGUAACAGAACCUGAACUUAAGAAAAUGGAAAAGAAAAAAGCCAAGAAAUUGGCUCAAAAAUUGAAAAAACAACAGAAAAAAUCGGAAAACAAAGAGGAGAAAGUAACGGCCGUAGCCGCCUCCACAAAUGGUGUAAAGAAAGUAAAACAAUUAAAAAAACCUGCUACUAAAAAUGUUGAUUCCAAAAUUAAUAAGGUUGUGCCAACAAAGAAAUUGGAAAAACCCGUUAGUAAAACUGUUGAUGCCACAAGUAGUAAGGUAUUGUCGAAAAAGGAAAAAAAGACCCAAAAGAGACAGUUGAUAAAAGAACAAAAACUAGCCGAAAAACAAACUAGAGACCCUGCUGUGGAAGCUGCUACAGUAUUUGUAGGAAAUUUGCCUAUUAACACGAAACGUGUACAACUGAUUCGUUUAUUUAAGGACUUUGGGCCCGUCAACUCUAUACGUCUACGUUCCGCAGGUGGACAAGUGUUGCAUAAACAUAAACAGCGCAGAACAGCAGGUGCUUUGAAUGCCUAUGUAGUAUUGAAAAACAAAGAAACAGCUGAAAAAGCUUUAUCGCUAAAUGGCGUCGAAUUCAAGGAUAAUCAUUUAAGGGUUACAUUAGCGGUAAAAAAUCCACAAUUUCACGAAAAGGAAGAAGCUAAAAAAACCGUAUUUGUGGGCAGUCUAAAAUAUACUGCUACUGAAGAAUCUUUACGUGAAAUUUUCAGUAGUUGUGGCGAAAUUGAUUAUGUACGCUGUAUUCGGGAUGGCGACAAAGGUUGUAAAGGUGUAGCCUAUGUCUGCUUUAAGUCUCCUGAUGGUGUUGGUUUAGCUCUAGAACUUAAUGGCACCAUUGUAGAUGAUCGUCCCAUAAAUGUGGAACGUUUUAGUGUGCGAAAAUUGGGUGCCAAAGAAGCGCGCGAAGCCCAAGCCGAAAAAGAAUUAACAUCUAAGAAGGGUGCCAAACAAAGACUAGAUGGCAAGAAAGGUAAAAAGGAUAAAUCAGGCAAAGAUAACAAGUCCGACGAUGCAGAUGAUGCCAAAAAGCCAAAGAAGAGUGAAUUUAGAGGUGUCAAAGUAGAGGGCCUAAAAAAAAAACCAAAAUCAAAGAAGAAAAAGUCCAAUGACCAAAUGGCUCAAUUAGCUAAGAAAAUUGCUCCUAAAGCCAAAACCGAAUAAAACAAAUUUAUUCAAAAACCUUGUUAUUUUUACAAAAAAUAGACUUUGUAAAAUAGCGCUUUUAACAAUCAAUAAUGUUUUAGUUGACCAUGUUAUUUGAAAAUGGUAAGUAUGUAUCAUACUAUAUUUAGACAAAUUAAAUUGUUUUUUUAUAAUAAAGAUAAACUUAAGUUUUAAGAAAAAAAUCUUGAAUAAAAACUAUUUUUUACAAAGCA